AAUGCGAAGAGCAUGCGAGAUAAGUCGCCCCUUUCCCAGAGCCGCCUUCCUGCUGCUAAGCAACGGAUAUAACCAAUGAGCCUCUGCUUCGUUUCUAGGCAACAGAAGCCUCAACAAAAAAGUUAGAGGUUUCUAUGGAGGAUAGCCUGGCUAUUUCUACUGCACAAUGAUGGCCACUACUUUGUCUGCUCCUGUCGUGCAGUAUGGGAGGAGGAAAGGCCUUAGCAGAGCACAGUCAGCUGGAAACAACAGCGAAGUGCUUCCAGGAACAGUUGAUCUGAUGCAAGUGACUGUAUUCCCCAAGGCAGAAUGGGAGAGAAUUGUAAGCAACACAAACAGCUUGGAGCAAGAAGCCAGGCAAAUAUAUGAAGAAAAGAAAGAAAGGGAAGCCUUGCAUUUACAUUCCAAGGAAGUGGUGAAGAAUUGGACUAACACUAUAGCUGGUUUGAGACAAAAAAGACUGGAAUCAAAAAAGCUCCGUGAGGAAAAAGAGGAAGAGGAGAAAAGACUGAUUGAUUUGGAGGAAGCAAAAUUUCAGGAGCAAAAAAGAAAGGAGGCUAUUGAGAAAGCCAGGCUCAAGCAGUACUAUCAAAAUGACAAAGUCAAAACAUUCCAUAGUGCCCUGUUACUCACAGAAGUAGCGAAGGAAAGGGAACUGCAGAUAGAGCUGAAGAAUAAGAUGUUGGCUCAGAGCAAGAAGAAAGAAAAAGAUUGGCAGCGGGAACUGGAGGAAGGCAUAGCUGAAGAUCAGAGCAAAGCCUUGAAGCAACUUACGGACAGACGCAAUAACGCCAGUGAGCUCCUCAAGCAGAUUGACGAGCAGAAACACAAAGCAGAAUUAGAGAAACUAGGCAAUCAUAGAGAAGGAGAAGAAAUCCAGAGACAAACCAAGGACUAUGAGAUGGAAAUGAGGAGGCUCGGCCAACGUAAACUUGAAGAAAAGCAAGAAAUUAAGCGGGCUCACCUAGCCCAUAUCUCAGACAGAGAUUUUGUCAGAGCUCUGGAAAAACAGAAGGAAGAAGAGAAUGAUGAAAUGCUGAGACGUUUCGUUCUGGCCAAGAGAAAGAUGGGCAACUUGAAAAAAGCAAAAGAAGCGGAAAUGAACAGGCAAGUUGAAGAGAACAGGGACCGAAUCACUGAGCUUCUGUCGGCAUGGUAUAAGCAGAAAACCGACGACGAAGAGGAGCGCACUGCAAAAGCAAUGGCCGAUCAAGAAGCAAAGCAAAAGAAGGAAGCCCAGGAGAAAGAAGAGAAAAUAAAGGCAGAUAUAAAGGCGAUAACAGAACACAGACUUGCUGACAGAAAGAAGAAGGAAAAGGAAGAAAAAGAGGCGAAGAUGGAGGCUCUGCAGACCCUUUACUCCAUGAAAGAAAGUGAUCGUUUAUUUUUGCAGCAACAGCAAGAGAAAAUGAGAAAAGCAGAGGAAGAAUGCAAAAAUGUGCAGGCUGUGCAAGUCCAGCAAAUGGCAGAGAAAACGGUGAUGGCUCAGUCCGACAGGGAAGCGGAAAUAAAGUAUGCAAAGCAAAGUGAGUUCUUUCUGGCCAAGGAAGAGGACGAGUUCCAAGAAUAUGCAAAACAAGUGAUUGAUGUGGUGACCAAAGCAGGGAGAAACCCAUACGCCCUGAAGAAAGCAGCAAAGAGCGGCACUGGGGGCGGGCACGGCCCGGUCUAUACAGGGAGGGGAGGUAUCCGUCCUAGUUACCUCGUACAAGACACCAGUGGCGUUCAGUUACCCUCAUAUAAUAGUGGAACCACCCAGGAAAUCAAAGGACUGUAUGAGAGUGGGGACAUCCAGCACGGAAAGAGAAAACUUGGCUUUACCUGGUGAAACAGUGCCAGCGAGUUGCAAUCACCAGACCUAGCCAGAUGUUACUCCUAUUUACUUACUCUAGGUACUGAGCAAUGCAAGGAGCUGUAGUAAUGUAGAUUAAUAAACAAAGUUUACAACAUU